AUGGCUUAUGGAGCUCUCUUUGCGUGCCGAACACCCUGCCCUGCUCCUCCUACCCGCAGUGGUAGCCACGGUAGCAGCCAUAGCUCACUCCUUGAGUGUGACCGCAGCAAACUCCGCGGGCAGCAGACGUCGACGAGAGGCUUGAGGAAAGUUUCGGGUUUCAGCGUCAGAGCCUCGGGAAGUAAGGAGGAGGUUCUCAGAGAAUUUAACAACAGGAGGGCUCUCAAGGUGGGCUUAUCCGACUUUCCGCUUGUUUUUUUCAUUGCGUUUCAUGAGUUUCGUUCGCCAUUUACAUGUCCACGGCCAUUUUUACGUGUUGUUUCUGCUGUUCCUAAUGGCGUGCUAAACAUUAAAAAUGGUCAUUCUAGAGGAAGAAAAGGGUAAGAUAUUGAUAUAUAGAACUCGGUUUCUCUAUGAGCAUGCGUCUGAGAGUAACCAUGCACGCUACUGCGUUUGAAGCCUACUGACCCCCCAUUUGGGUGCAUUUGGAUACCAUUUAUCGCCAUCGUGGUCUUCCAAUGCUCAAUCUUCUUCUUUUGUAUCGCUAAAGGAUAACCAGUUGAUGGUGCUCGGUCUGAAGUUAACAAUAUCGCUAAGUUCAGGAUAUUAUUUUAAAUGUUCAUACAUAGUGGUUGGCGAAUAAAUGCUGCAAGAUGAUAACUUGCGUCUGUCAGAACAUCACUGUUUAUGCGUCUUAGUGGCAGUUUGUAGGCUGAAGAGGGUUUCGUCAUGAGCCAUAAUUAUGGAGCCCAAACUUUGAAUGAUCAAAUGGGUGAGGAGUUCUCACGCAGUAUGGAGCCUGCAAAAAACUCAAAUUCCAUUAAUUGGAUCAGUUCAUCAGUUUUUUCUGUCACUUUGGGUCAAUCCAAUUGUCAUGUAUUGACACCCUAUUUUUUUUGGUUUAAUUAGUGUAAUGUCCAUGUCAGUAGCAAUAAUUCUUGGAAGUUCGCGCUGCAUCCUUCUCUGCUCUUCAUACAAAUAGUGAAGCACAGUUACAUCUUUAUUAUUGUUAAAUUGAGAUCACAUUCGUAUCUUUCUUCCUUCACAUCGAAAAUAAUUCAGGGUUCAUUCUUACCAUCGAGAACUCAUGAUGUUGGCUUGUAGAUUUUUCUAGCACAUGAAAUUUGGAUUUUGGUGUCCAUGGAUGUAUCGUGUUUUGUUUGUUUUGUAAACAUGGCCAUGCUACUUUCCUAGUUUGAUCUGAAAAUUCAAUGGUAUCUUGUAUAUGAGUACCAGACUCCUGUAUAUCAAUGCGUUAUUUUUUUCUGAUAGAAUAUAAUCAGUUGUUUGUCUUGGAUUUCGUCUAUGUUAUAAUAUAAUUUUCCCUGAUUACUGGCGAUAUCAUGUUCUUCUACUGAUAUUGGUGGCCCAUUUCAUUGACAGAUAAUAUCUGGACUGCUGAACUUUGACAGAGACAAUGUUGCUUCUGUGGUUACUGCUGCUGACAAGGUUGUCUUUUUUUCCCUGCAAGUAAAACUGGUCAUAAUUUUUAUCUUGAGAUACCAUCUUUAUGUUACGAUCGUCUAUGUCUGAUGUUAAGAGUCGUCUGCACUGUAAACUUCAACUGUGAAAAACCGAGUUUAUCUGAGAAUGAUGUUGACUCCGUUGAAUUUUCAUAUCGGUCAUAUGAAAAAUCGGCUUUAUUUUUCUGAUUCAUGAUUUUAUAUUGGUUUUAAAAUGAAUAUUUCACUGUGGAGUAUAUUUUUUUCCAUGGCUUUGCUUCAUAUAACUGCCUUUCCGGAUCACACCUAUUAUUAAUGAAUAAUGCAGGGUGGAGCCACACAUGUUGACAUAGCAUGCGAGCCAGAGCUAGUAAAGCUUGCUGUCAGCCUGACUUCUCUUCCGGUAUGCACCUUAGCUUGCGUACUUUUGCAUGGAAAGAAAUAAAACAAUAGAGUUCUUUCAUCAUUUUCUCGUUGCUUCAUUUAGCUCAUACAAUUUGCGUCUUGACUGCAUGAUAUGAUGCAUCAUGAUUUCGACCAUCAUGCCAACCAAUGCAUCAUGAUAUGCAUUUGCAUGAAGAAUUUUUACUUUGCAACCAUCUCGCAUCUGUCUCUGUGUGUGGCAGUCUAAUAUGGGCAUUGAGUAUGUCUGUCUACUUGUGAGGAAUUCCCAAUGCAACUCCAAGCAUACAGGAGUUAUAUUUCGUUUUUCUGUAGUUGGUUGGCCCUACAGGUUUCUAAUGAUUGGCCAUUCAAUGAUCCGUGUUUCCCAGGUUUCCAAUGACAAAUCAAGGGGUUUUUCAUGUUAGUUGAGAGAUUUGAGUUAAAACAAUGGACGAGUUAGGAACAUGCCCCAUAACUGCAUCAUUUUCCACUAGUCUCUGCAUAUGAAUUGGUUGCCAUACAUUAUUAUUUCACUUUGCUUUACAUUAUCAAUAUUUAUCAUGUUCUGAAGAGUUUCUGGCUUUCCAGCCCGUUUCAUGGCAGAAUCAAUGAGUCAGGUCUGCUAUGAUGAGCAUUCUUUUUAGUCACUGUGGGUGGGGUCUCCCAUUUACAGAGAAAAUGCUGAAUAGGCUGACAAAAGCGUUGACCGACGUUGCUGGUAAAUAAGGCUUUAAAAAGAAAAAGUAUGGACUCCCAGUUGACGCAGCUGGCGCUUCCAGGAGACCCAUAAGAAUACUAAAAUUGAUUCAUAUGCAUUGUCCCAGUUGAGACGGGCAUGAGCUCCAUUUCAUCUGCUCAGAGAAUGCCUAUGUUUACUGAAGGCGCCUUUGAUGUGUCACAUAAUGUCAUUACAUGGCGGCGGGCAUGAGCAUGUAUUUUGUGAUUCAUCUAAGCAGAAGGAUACCUCCGAUGACCUCAUAUCGCUUUUUGAGAUGCUCAUUUUUUCUCUGACAAAAUAUAAUUGCCUAUUUUGCCUUUGAUUGAUUGAGUUCUUUAGAGAGAGGUGUUACUGUUGAUGUUCCCUGGCAGGACUUCCAUUGGGUUUUUUUUUGGUUAUUCUCUCAUAUUUAGUAUUUUUUUUCUUUUUUAUUUGGAUUUUUGAGCGCCCAUAUCACUAUUUUAAUUCUCAUUUAUAGAUUAUGAGCUCAUUUCUCCCUUGUUUUGCCCUCCUCGAGGUAUGUGUUUCCUCAGUAGAUCCGGCUGCCUUCAUCCCUGCUGUUGAAGCGGGUGCUCAAAUGGUAAGGGUCACCAGCUCACGAACCAAUCAGUGUUUGCUUGCUUCCUUUCUGCGCCUCUUAGCAUUAUGCACUGAUCCUUUCAUCGGUCUUUGAUCAUGGUGCAGAUAGAGAUCGGAAACUAUGACUCCUUCUAUGAGAUGGGAAAGCAGUUCUCUCCCGAGGAGGUAGCUAUACAAAUAUAUUGCUGCAUGCAUCUCCAUUCUUUAAUCGAAUAAAUGCAAAGUUUAGCUGUUUUCAUCUUAGUAGACUUUUAUAGGUUGAUUGAUGGCCUGUUAUAAUCCUGAGACCCUUAUAGUGAUCCUUCCCACACAAAUAAAGCAUGCUCUGUCCUUUGACUUCCUCAGAGAGGAGAAGAAUCACGGCGUUGACCUUUCCUGAUAGCUGGUCUACUCACCCAGGUUCUUGUCUCGGGGAAGAUGACCACUUGCUCAAUUUUCUUCAUAUUAAAGCAUGGUCAUGGCUUGAGUUGAUGGGCUCUCUCACCACAGCAAGCCAUUUCCGAAAGUAAAACGAUUCAGGGCUAUAUCUGAUGAUGCGACUACUGGUCUUGGAGGAUAGCUGAUGGCCAUAUCUUCCUGGAAGUUGAUCCAUAUUCUCUCUGCCAGCCAUCUUCCUGCCUUCUUGGUUCAGCGUGUUCUACCCAACCAUGUAUCAGGCACAUAAACGUUUUAGACCUCAUAAGAGGUGUGAUAGAUUAAAGGAAAAAAAAAAGGAAGAAGCAAAAUCUGUGUUAAAUGUCGGUCAGUUUGACCCCACUGAGGACUAAAUUGCUGAUGUUCAUGCUGCGUUGACUUCAUUUGGAGAGUACCCAUAAGCAGUAGAAACCGUUCUUAUCGAUUUUAGCUUACAUUAUCUUGUGACCCUUUCCAGAUACUCGAGCUUACAAAGCACACGAGGAGGAUUCUUCCCAACGUUACACUUUCUGUGACCGUGCCUCAUAUUCUGAGUCUUCCAGACCAGGUAUAUGUCAACGGGUUUACUUUGUCGAGAUGAAAUCAUAGCUUUCUUUAUUUAUUUGUCUUUUUUGACCGAGCUGCGAAGAACAAUACCAUGGCUGACAUGUGUAUGAUAAUAGGUAAGGUUGGCAGAGUUGCUGGAACAAGAAGGAGCCGACAUUAUCCAAACUGAAGGAGGAAAAUCUUCGAAUCCCUCAAAACCCGGUGUUCUUGGUUUGAUUGAGAAGGUAUUUUGCUUGAAUGUGUUUCAGUUUGACCAAGCCCUCAUCUCUAACAAGUAGUUUUAAUUUUUAAAAACAAUAAAAUAAAAUAUUCAAAUAUGCAACUUAGGUUAAUAUGCAAAAUUCUGUUAUGAAAUCCUGCCCACUGGGCUAGAAUAUUUCAAUUUUAUAUUUUCUUAAAUUAUAAUCGAUCAUCUUGCAUCAACACAGGCAACUCCAACACUUGCUGCUGCAUAUUCAAUAUCCCGUGCUGUCAGCAUCCCUGUCAUGUGUUCAUCUGGGCUCAGCACUGUUACUGCACCCAUGGCCUUGACUGCAGGAGCAGCUGGAGUGGUAUGCUCCGCCAUUUUUAUUUUUUUUAUCAUUGAAUUUUUAUUUUUCUACUCUGGAAAGAAAAAAAAAAGUCUUCCAUCACCUGCUUGCUCAUUGCAAAAAUCAAGUCUCAGGGGUCAUUCUGUUUAAUACCCGAAUAUUUUUUUCUUCUGGAAGUGUCAUAUAAAUAAAUAAAAAUGGAACAUGGUAGGCUGGAGAAAAACUGGCAGUGAUUUUUCUUUUUUUUUUCUUUUUUUUGGGUAACUCCCUUUUCUACAUUUUCCCUGAAUUGGAGUGGAUCAACUUGGAUGAGCAGGGAGUUGGAUCGGCAGUGAACAAGCUCAAUGACGUGAUUGCAAUGAUUGCAGAGGUCAAAAGCCUUUCAGAUUCAUUGAGAAUCUCAGCUACUCGCACAGAAGAUGCUACUAAGGUUGCCCACUCAUAA